AUGGCCAAGGAACACUUGUCCGAUUCCUCCAACAGCGUGGCCGUCGAGCCAAUUGCCCUGAGCGUGAAACGCUUUCUAUCUUCGCGAAAUGGCGAAAAAACCAACAGCCAAGCUUCCAGAAUUGUCAUGGACCAUGUCACGGUCGAAGGGAGUGGUACAGGAGCCCUUCCGGCCCCCAGUGUUCUCUCCGCAUCCAAGUCCCUCUUUGGCGUCUUGGAACCUGUUCAAGAAAGACUGCACAAGCCAUCGUCGCGACCCAUUCUUCGUGACUUCUCUGCUGCCAUCCAACCAGGCGAGAUGGUCCUGGUGAUUGGAAAGCCUGGUAGUGGUUGUACCACCUUCUUGAAGACAUUGGCUGGCAUGUGGGAAGAAUACAAGGAUGUCCAAGGAGAUUUGACUCUGGGAGGAGUGUCCAUGAAGGACGUCAUCGACAAAGAUCCCCAGGAUGUCGUGUUUUGCAGUGAAUCCGACGACCACUUCCCCACACUCACCGUGUACGACACGCUGCGCUUCGCAAUCCGGGCCCGCUGUGGUCCCAAGCCAUCGUCGGAGCAGGUCAACGAGAUGGUCCAGCAUCUAGCCCAGCUGGUUGGACUGGGCCAUGUGCUCAACACCAAGGUCGGAGAUGCAUACGUCCGGGGUGUCAGUGGAGGUGAGAGACGCCGCGUCUCAUUGGCUGAAGCCCUGGCAACAUGCGCAAAACUGAUCUGCUUGGACAACCCGACCAACGGUUUGGACUCGUCGACUGCUCUGGAGUUCAUGGAGAUGAUGCGCGAAUGGACGCUGCAGAGCCAGUGUGUGACUGCUAUGAGUGUCUACCAGGGCAGUGACACCAUCGUUCCAUACUUCGACAAGGUCAUCGUGAUCAACUCCGGACGCCAGAUCUUCUACGGCACCAUCCAGGACGCCAAAGAGUACUUCCUCAGCCUGGGCUUUGAGUGCUCCUCCGCUACCACCACCACCGACUUCCUCAACUCCAUGUCCGCCGACCCCGAGGUUCGCCGUGUGCACGAAGCCCGCCAGAACCAGGUUCCUCGCACAGCCGACGAGUUCCAGAAUGAAUUCCGUCGUAGCCCUCACUUUAACGAGCUUCAAUCGUCUGUCCAGCGGGCCAAGGCUCUUCCUGUUGUGCCCCGUUCUGGCAAGUCGACUCACUAUGCUUUGCCUCUUUACCAGCAGAUUGCAUACUGCACUACACGCCAGGUGCGCAUCAUCAAGCACAACUACAGCGCCUUGGUCACGGAGGCUAUCUGUAUCGUCGUUCAGAGUUUGAUCCUGGGUACCUUGUUCCGCGACCAGUCUCGCAGCACUGGAUCUUUGUUCAUCUUCGCCUCUGCCCUCUUCUACUCGGUUCUUGUUCCUGCUUUGCAGGCCAUGGCUGAAUUCCGCAGCACAUUCGACCAGCGCCCGCUCAUUCUCAAGCACAAGCGUUACCGACUUUACACACCCAUGGCUUAUGGAUUCGGAAUUAUCAUGACCGAUAUUGUUUGGAAGGUCUUCGCCAUCUUUUGGAACAUUCCUCUGUACUUCCUGACUGGAUUCCAAAUGAAUGCCGCCAACUUCUUCACCUGGUUCGUCGUGGUGUACAUCGAGCACCUUGCCUUGUCCAUGUUCUUCCGCUCUGUUGCAGUGUUCUCGUCCAACAUGCACCGUGCUGUGCUCCCUGUCGGUAUCUUCUUCAACAUGUAUGUCUUGUACACGGGUCUGUACGUUCCCGCACCUCAGAUGCAAGUGUGGCUCGGCUGGUUGCGGUACCUGAAUCCCCUCUAUUAUGGUUUCGAAUCUGUCAUGAUCAACGAGUUCGCCAAUUUGACCUACGACUGCAGCCUGAAGGACUUGGUCCCAUCUGGGCCUGACUACACCAAUGUUGCCAACCAGGUUUGCGCUGUCGUCGGCUCUGAGCCUGGACAGAAGUUUGUUUCUGGAAUGGCAUACAUCAAGGCACAGUACGGGUUUGAACAGUCGAACCUGUGGCGCAACCUGGGAAUCAACGCUGCCUUCUUCAUUGCUUUCGGUCUGAGUUCAGCUAUCGGUAUGGAGCGCCUUAAGCAGCCCGCAGGACAAUUGGCAACUGUGUUUUACCGUGGCUUGGACAAGAAGUCUUCCUCCCGCCCAGGAUCUUCCGACCACGAGAGUGGCCCCGUCGAUCUCGAUGUUCCCCCGGUACAGGAGGAAAUCACAACCCCGAACGCACCCAUCGAACAGCAGCCUCGCAGCCUGGCCUGGAAAGGACUCAACCUCGACAUUAAACUCAAAGAGGGUCAGAGACGUCUCCUGAACAACUUGAAUGGAUCUGUCCACAAUGGUCAGAUGAAGGCUCUGAUGGGUGUCUCUGGCGCUGGCAAGACCACUUUGCUGAACGCUUUGGCUGGUCGCUCAAAGGUUGGAGUCUUGUCUGGAACGAUGACGCUGAAUGGACAGGUUCUUCCCAAGUCUUUUAACCGCCACAUGGGAUACGUGCAACAGCAGGACAUUCACCUCCCCACCCAGAGUGUACGGGAGGCCUUGCAGAUGACCGCCCGACUUCGUCGCGCACAAGAGGUCCCCCUUGAGGAGAAGGAUGCUUAUGUCGAACAUGUGAUUCAGUGGCUAGACAUGGGAUCGAUUGCAAACGCUUUGAUCGGAACUCCUGGGGCUGGUCUCAACCUGGAACAGCGCAAGAAAGUCAGCAUCGGUGUGGAGAUGGCUGCGAAGCCGGACAUUCUAUUCUUGGACGAACCCACCUCUGGUCUCGACGGACAAUCGGCUUAUUCUAUUAUUCGACUCUUACGACGACUUGCAGACUCUGGACAGGCAAUCGUGUGUACCAUCCACCAACCCGCUGCUGAAUUGAUCUCGACAUUCGACGAACUGUAUCUGCUGGCCCGUGGUGGUAAUCUGGUGUACGAUGGCCCAUUGGGAGAGGACUGCAACCAGGCUGUCGCUUACUUUGCGCAACACUCUCGCCCCUGCCGGGCGAAGGAAAACCCUGCUGAAUACUUCCUGGAGGUGAUUGGCGCCGGUACACGUCAGGAUGUCCAGACAGACUGGGCGGAGAUCUGGAAGCAGCACAGUGGCAAGGCCUCGGACAAGGAGAACGCACUGGUGCCAUCUGAUGGCGGCUCAUUGGAACGUGGGGGCCAUUCUUCGAUGUCACUCUACGCCGCUCCAUUCCACUAUCAGAUGCUAGUAUUGCUCAAGCGAACAUGGCUCUACUACUGGCGGGCUCCGGACUAUGCCAGUGCGAAGCUGUGGUUGAACGCUGGUAACGCCUUGUUGAACGGAUUGACCUACCUGAACUCGCCCUUGACCCAGCGCGGCGCUUACAACCGCGUCUUCUCAUCCUUCAUGUCGCUGAUUGUUGGCCCUCCAUUGGGACUGCAGGUACAGCCGCGGUUUGUGACGCUGCGAGACCUUUUUGAGCACCGUGAGCGUGAGAGUCUGACGUACCACUGGUUGGCAUUUGUCUUUUCCGCCAUUCUGGUCGAGUUGCCUUACGCCUUUAUUACAUCUCUUGUAUACUGGCUGUUGUGGUACUACCCCGUUGGCUACUACACCGACUCCAACCAUGCCGGAUACAGCUUCCUGAUGUAUCAGCUUUUCGCCGUAUUCGCCACCAGUCUCGCACAGCUGUGUGCCUCGGCAAUGCCCACAGUGGAGGCUGCCCUGUCUGCCAAUGGCUUCUUCUUCAUGUUCUGCAAUACCUUCGCUGGUACCCUGUCGCCUCAACCAGACACUCCAGCCGGGUGGCGCUGGUACUACAAGGUUUCGCCCCUCUUCUACUUGAACGAAGGGGUCGUUGUGGACACCCUGCAUGAUCUUCCCCUCCACUGCGAUGCCUCGGAGGUGUCUACCUUCCAGCCGCCCAGCGCGUCGACAUGCUACGAAUAUGCUGCCUCCUUCCUGAAGGAUGCCACGGGCUACCUGGUCAACCCCAACAGCACAGCCAACUGCGAGUACUGUCCAUACGAGAACGGCCAAGCUUAUUACACGCAAUACGACUACAGCUACAGCCACCGCGGCCGAAAUGUCGGCGCGUUCAUUGGGUUCAUUGCAUUUAAUUUCACCAUGGUCUUGGUCAUUACUUAUCUGACGCGUGUUCGACGCCGCUGA